CUGUGUGGGGGUAUAGACACCGGCGGCAGGCUCUGAGUCAGGCGUCAGUGUAGCUCUGAGCUUCACAGCACCAGCAACUAACUGAGGUCACGAUGCAGUUGUCAGCUCUUGUCUUGGCAGCCCUGGUGUGCGGGAGUGCCACAGGCCAGAGGGCGCUGCCGCUCAGCUCGUUCCAGUACCCGUCCGCUCCUCUGCUGCCCAUAGCGCCGCUCUACGAGUUCGCACCCCGCGUGUCUCUACCGCCGAUCUCUCGCUCGACAACCACAGCAGCAGCACGGCCGCCAUCCCCCGUGGGCGAGUCCAACUACAUCGGCAGCAGCGACCCCUGCACGCCAUCGCCGUGUGGCCCCAACACGCUGUGUGAGGUCAACUCCCAGCACAUCGCCCUGUGUCGGUGCCAGCCCAACUUUGUGCCAGACCAACAUACCAUCCGCGGCUGCAAACCCCAGUGCCUCAGUGACCGCGACUGCCCCGACGACUAUGCGUGCACCGCAACGAAAUGCGUGCGCUUGUGCAGUUUGAACGAGUGCGGCAUCGACGCGAUUUGCAAGGCAUACCGUCACAAAGCUGAAUGCUCCUGCCCGCCCGGGUACCUCGGCAACCCGGCCAUCUAUUGUGCCAAGCCAGAACGUGACCCGACUCCGGCGUACGUUGACCCGUGCACGCCUAACCCGUGCGGAGCGAACGCUCAGUGUACCAGCAACGGCGCGCAGGCGGUCUGCUCCUGUCUGCAGCGACACGCGGGCAACCCGCUAGAGGCGUGCGUCCGGCAGGAGUGUGCAGUUCACAGCGACUGCUCGGCGCAGCAGGUGUGCAGGAGCAACAGGUGCAUCGACCCUUGCUCCAUCCCCAACAUCUGCGGCACCAACACGGACUGCACCGCCCGGGACCGCCAGCCCGUCUGCUCCUGCAGGAGCGGCUACGUCGGCGACCCCUUUACCUCCUGCCGCCGUUUUGACCCGCAGGAGCUGUGCCGGCCUAGCCCCUGCGGCCGCAACACCAACUGCCAGGUGCAGGGUGAGCGCGCCGUGUGCACCUGCCUGCCUAACUACGUCGGCGACCCUCUCACUGGCUGCAGACCAGAGUGUGAGAGAGACUCGCACUGUCCUGCUAACUUCGCCUGUCAGAAUAAUCGGUGCGUGAACCCCUGCCAGAACGGCGUGUGUGGAGACGGUGCCCUUUGCAACGUCAGGAACGGCGUCGCCGUGUGCACAUGUCCGGAGUUCUACCUGGGCAACCCUUACACCAGGUGUUACCCCGAGUGCACAACCCACGAAGAAUGUCCCGCCCACCAAGCGUGCUUCAAGCUGCGCUGUAUCGACCCCUGCGUGGGCGCGUGUGGCAGCGGCGCAGAGUGUCGCGUGGAGCUCCAUAAGCCAAUCUGCUCCUGUCCUAAGGGCUUCACGGGACAUCCUUUCGAGUCCUGCAGGCCCUUCGACAGAUCUGAGCUGUGUCGCCCUAACCCGUGCGGGUCUAACGCGGACUGCACGCCGGGCCACGACCGCGACGGUAAUGACCGGCCCGUGUGCACGUGCCCCCGCGGGUACGUGGGCAACCCGCUGCAGGCGUGCAUACGGGGCGAGUGCGAGACUGACCGCGAGUGUCGCUCCAACGAGGCUUGCUACGAGUACAAGUGUCAGUCGACAUGUCACGUAGCGGGCCGCCCAGUGUGCGGACGGUCCGCGGACUGCACGAUGAGGAACCACGUGCCCGUAUGCACGUGCCCCACAGGGUUCGACGGCAACCCUCUGAUCAGCUGCUCCCCACACCCCCGCUCGCGCUACGCCAUCGGCAGGACUUGAGCCUCAUGGGGACAUCGGGGUACCAUCACUGAAGAAUAAUUGAUUUCAUAUAAUAUCAAUAAAUUUAUACCGGAACUGUUUAGAUUAAUAUUUUUCGUAAAUAGAUGAAAAUACCGACGAAAGCGCUCGGCUAUGCUGAUAAAAUUAAAGACAUGAUCAUUUGAAUAAGAAUAAAUAUUAUAAAAUUGAAUUGUUAAUAGAAUAAAAUAUUGCUCGGUACCAAUUGCAAUGGGUAUCGAUCAUUCGACGAAAAAAAUGAAGUCCACAAUUAAAUUAUUUUUCAUGCUUGGUCCACGAAACUUGUGCCAAAUCAUUUUAUGAUGAAAGCUUGUAAAUGGCAUUAUUUAAGUCUGGUAAGACUGCAAGUUAACCGCCAUACAUGCAUGACUUGUUAUAUUGACUUGUAUUUCCUCUAUAGUCAAGUAGCGGUGUCGAUAUAUUUGCUCAUUAUUGAUGACUAUAUAUCCUGAACCUCAAUUACGUAGUUAUUUCAUUAGUUCGACUACUGCCAAACUCUGGACGAUGCUUCGCUACUCCAGCGAGUUGAUUGCACGUGAACUCUAAGUGUGCAAUCAAAGAAAUGAGUGACACAUUGUCCAAAUAGCGAUGGGCUUUUCCAACAUUUGUGGUCGUCCUUACCCAGUUUUGCUGGUCUUUGUGGGUCAUCCUGACCCAGUUUUGCUGGUCUUUGUGGGUCAUCCUGACCCAGUUUUGCUGGUCUUUGUGGGUCAUCCUGACCCAGUUUUGACGGAGAAAUGGCUUAUCAGUGAUACGUACAUUUCGUGAUCGUGCAGUGGGUAAGAAAAUAUGUCAAUACUAGGACAAUGUUGCCCAUUUAUUUGUCUGAAUGUAGUCUCUAUACAGACGAGCAUUGACAAGUUUUUGUUUCAGGUGUCUAGGGGGAAUUUAGAGCCCAGUUAGCAACAACUGUGAAAAACCGUUAAAAAUUUCAAAAUAACUAACGAUCCUGCUAGCGCUUAUGACAAUUAUUAAUCGCAUGACACAGCGUGCGGUUAUUAUUAAUUAUUAAAUGCAUGACAUAGCUUGUGAUUAUUAUUAAUUAUUAAUCGCAUGACAUAUAAUGCAUCCACGCAGCUUGGUUAGAUUCCUACUAUUUCUGAGUUAGUUCCUUUUUAGAAUUCUUCUCCACCGAUAAAUUCAGGAAUGUGCAGGAAUUUUUUGAUAGUCAUGCUUUAUAUUUCCAUGAAGUUGGACAAACAAAUGUAUUUUUGCGAAUUAUAGAACAAAAAUCGAAAUUCUUUUUGAUAUUUUUCAUUGGUUUUCUACCAGAAACAUUAACGGAAUAAUCACAUGGAAAUAUUUAAAUUCACUAUUGUUUCUUGUUCUGAAGACACUUGUGCACUGCUUAACUCUGAAAGAAAGUAAAGUUUCUUUGGAUUCCUGAUGUAAAAAAUUCUAUCUUAUUUUUGGCAACGUUUUCAAUCCAUUAUACUCGGUUCCACUCUUCGACAGUUCAUUAAUUACUAUUUCUUUACUAAUUUAGUACUAUUUAAUAAUUUUGAGACUACACCGCAGCACAAAACACUAACUUUCAUGUAGAGUUUAUAGCGGCAAGCUUUAAUUAAUGUAAGAUCCAGCGCAUGCACUCCCAAGCGAUAUGUCAUAAGCAUUAACUUCGUCGAAACUGAAAAAUAGCAAUAGGUUCAAUCUUAGGAAUCCUGUAAAUAUAUUUGGCUUCUUUUGCUCAAGAAAGCUUAAUUUAAAUUUGGAUUUUUAGCACUAUUGAUCUCAUAUAUAAAAAAUUUGAUUAAUUUUUUCGGUUGCAAAUUUUAAUAUUUCGGCUAAAAUAAACCUACAUGAAACAUGCAUUUCUCAACUAAAAUUUAGGAAUAUUAUCUAGAAAAAGUCUGUGCUUGGCCCCGCUUCUCGCAUGCAUAUAGGAGAACCUGUUGAGUUUCCUCCCAGAAACCCAGAGUUUUCCACAAUAAAAGGAACCUCGA